UCGUGCCGCCGGAAGUGGGAGGUGCCGUGCGCGGGCCGGCGCUCGACCCCUCCCCCCGUGGCUCGGCCGCCCCCUCCCCCCGCUCCGCCCGCUCAGAGCAUAAUGGCAGCAUCUGAGGUCGCUGGUGUUGUGGCCAAUGCCCCCAGUCCUCCGGAAUCUUCUAGUUUAUGUGCUUCCAAAUCAGACGAAGGCCUCCCAGAUGGUCUAAGCACUAAAGACUCUGCACAGAAGCAGAAGAACUCGCCUCUAUUGAGUGUAAGUAGCCAAACGAUAACCAAGGAGAAUAACAGAAAUGUCCACUUGGAGCACUCGGAGCCGAAUCCUGGUUCAUCAGCAGGUGACACUUCUGCAGCGCACCAGGCGGUUUUAGGAGAAAACUUGGUAGCCACAGCCCUUUGUCUUUCUGGCAGUGGGUCUCAGUCUGAUUUGAAGGACGUGGCCAGCACAGCAGGAGAGGAAGGAGGGGACACAAGCCUCCGGGAGAGCCUCCAUCCAGUCGCUCGGUCUCUUAAGGCAGGGUGCCAUACAAAGCAGCUUGCCUCCGGGAAUUGCUCUGAAGAGAAAUCCCCACAAGCCUCCAUCCUAAAGGAAGGCAGCAGGGACACGGGCUUGGAUUUCCGACCUGUAAUGCCUCCAGCAAAUGGGGUUGAAGGAGUCCGAGUGGAUCAGGAUGAUGAUCAAGAUAGCUCUUCCCUGAAGCUUUCUCAGAACAUUGCUGUGCAGACUGAUUUUAAGACGGCUGAUUCAGAGGUAAACACAGAUCAAGAUAUUGAAAAGAAUUUGGAUAAAAUGAUGACAGAGAGAACCCUGUUGAAAGAGCGUUACCAGGAAGUCCUGGACAAACAGAGGCAAGUGGAGAAUCAGCUCCAAGUGCAGUUAAAGCAGCUUCAGCAAAGGAGAGAAGAAGAAAUGAAGAAUCACCAGGAGAUACUAAAGGCUAUUCAGGAUGUGACAAUAAAACGAGAAGAAACAAAGAAGAAGAUAGAGAAAGAAAAGAAGGAGUUUUUACAGAAGGAGCAGGAUCUGAAAGCUGAAAUUGAGAAGCUUUGUGAGAAGGGCAGAAGAGAGGUGUGGGAAAUGGAACUGGAUAGACUUAAGAAUCAGGAUGGUGAAAUAAAUAGGAACAUUAUGGAAGAGACUGAACGUGCCUGGAAGGCAGAGAUCUUAUCACUAGAAAGCCGGAAAGAGUUAUUGGUACUGAAACUAGAAGAAGCAGAAAAAGAGGCAGAAUUGCACCUUACUUACCUCAAGUCAACUCCCCCAACACUGGAGACAGUUCGUUCCAAGCAGGAGUGGACGAGACUGAAUGGAGUUCGGAUAAUGAAAAAAAAUGUUCGUGACCAAUUUAAUAGUCAUAUCCAGUUAGUGAGGAAUGGAGCCAAGCUGAGCAGCCUUCCUCAAAUCCCUACUCCCACUUUACCUCCACCCCCAUCAGAGACAGACUUCAUGCUUCAGGUGUUUCAACCCAGUCCCUCUCUGGCUCCUCGAAUGCCCUUCUCCAUUGGGCAGGUCACAAUGCCCAUGGUUAUGCCCAGUGCAGAUCCCCGCUCCUUGUCUUUCCCAAUCCUGAACCCUGCCCUUUCCCAGCCCAGCCAGACUUCCUCACCCCUUCCUGGCUCCCAUGGCAGAAACAGCCCUGGCUUGGGUUCCCUUGUCAGCCCCCACGGUCCACACAUGCCCCCUGCUGCCUCCAUCCCGCCUCCCCCAGGCUUGGGUGGUGUUAAGGCUUCUACUGAAACUCCCCGGCCACAACCAGUAGACAAACUGGAAAAGAUCCUGGAGAAGCUGUUGACUCGGUUCCCACAGUGCAAUAAGGCCCAGAUGACCAACAUUCUUCAGCAGAUCAAGACAGCACGUACCACCAUGGCAGGCCUGACCAUGGAGGAACUUAUCCAGUUGGUUGCUGCACGUUUGGCAGAACAUGAGCGGGUGGCAGCAAGCACUCAGCCACUUGGUCGCAUCCGGGCCUUGUUCCCUGCUCCACUGGCCCAAAUCAGUACCCCAAUGUUCUUGCCUUCUGCCCAAGUUUCAUAUCCUGGAAGGUCUUCACAUGCUCCAGCCACCUGUAAGCUGUGUCUAAUGUGCCAGAAACUCGUCCAGCCCAGUGAGCUGCAUCCAAUGGCGUGUACCCAUGUAUUGCACAAGGAGGUAGGUGUUACAGACCUUUGUCAUUUUCUCCUCUUUUUAUUCUGACACCUAAAAUAAUUUUUCUUUCUCAUU